AUGGAACAUUGCAAGCCGGCCGCCGAAUGGUCUCUCAAGUUUUAUGUACUCGCGGGGACCCUAAUCGCCUACGAGAAUGGAAUGAUGUCUUUGUCAAUGGUCUUGGGCGGUCUGAGCAACCUUGACAUAUGGAGCAGUCUUGAUAACGGCAGUGGUAACGACGGAAAUGACUUUUCUCUUUCUUCGAAGGGGAAAAAGAGCUCCUACAUCCGCCGCUGUGCCAGGCAUGUUUACUUUCACGCUUGUACUAUAUCAACACCUCCACGUGAAGAAUUGAACCUGCUGCGUGCGGCGCAGCUAAAGGCCAUGUCAAGGGAGUCACUGCGUCAGUUCUUAUCCCUUCCCAACAACUUCCCAGGCAAGUGCCCUUUCACUGGCAUCGUCAAGGUGAAUGCUCUGCCCUGUGGAUCUGGUUCUUAUGUUGGCGGCGUCUACCCAACUGUGAGCCGUAUCAACCACAGCUGCAUUCUGAACGCCCACAACAGCUGGAACAGCAGCAAGGAACAGGAAACUAUUCACGCGAUCCGACCUAUAUAA